AGUGAGGAUUGGCUCUGUAUUUAAAGGCGCCAACAAAGAAGAAGUGAAGGAACAAGGCACGUAAACCUGCCAUCUUUUCGGUAUUGCCAGAUAUUGAGCACAUAUCUGUCGGUAGUUGCUUUUCUCUGCGGUGCAUUUAUCCCGUUUUCCCCUAAACAUGCCAGAAGAAACCGCUACAUCUUCCACUUCCGCGAGCAUGGAUGAGAAACCCACUUCUUCCAAUGCUGCCACCGCAGAGGGCCUGGAGGAUGUACUGGAGGAGGCCAAGAAGCUGAUCGGAACUGGCAACAGACACAUGGUGAUGGGGGACGUGGUGUCUGCUGUCGGAGUCUUCCAGGAUGCAUGUGGCAUGCUGGCUGAGAAGUACGGUGAUACUGCUGAUGAAUGUGGUGAAGCCUUCUUCCUCUGUGGAAAAGCCUUAUUGGAACUGGCCAGGAUGGAAAAUACUGUUCUUGGCAAUGCCCUAGAAGGGGUUCCAGAGGAGUCUUCUGAAGAGGGUGAAAAGCAGAACGACUCCAAGUUUGAAAGCACAGACAACUUGGAUGAGGAAACCAGGGAUGAACUUCGAGAGCAGGUUUAUGAUGCUAUGGCUGAGAAGGAGAAUGGCGAGAAGGGUAAGGAGGAGGCUGAGAAGGAGGCCACCAAGGAGUCUGGGGAGAUGGUGGAAGACCAGGCCAAAGUUCAAGAGCAGGCAGAUGACCCAAAGCUGGUGAAGGACGAGGCGGUAAAGGAAGCGUCUGAAAAGAUUGAGGCUGUUCCAGCAGCUGAGGCGUCUGAAAAGAAGGCAGAGGAUGUUCCAGAAGCUGAAGCUCCUGAAAAGAAGGCUGAGGAUGUUCCAGCAGAUGGCACUGAAGCUCCGAAGACCAAUGGUGCAGCCAAGACUGAGGAUAAACCCCUCCCUGAGAAAAACGGCGACCCCUCUUCCGAAAAGGCUCCCUUGAAGACUGACACUUCAGAGGAGGUCGAAAGUCAGGCCAAGUCUGAAGAAAAUGGCCAUGGGGACGAGAAGCAGGAUGAAGAGAUGGAGGUGGAAGAGGAUGGAGAUGACGACGAUGACGAAGAUGAUGAUGACGACGACAAGGAGGGGGAAGGAAAUGCUGAGGAUAAGGAGAGUGAAGAUGAAGUGGGCAACCUGCAGCUGGCUUGGGAAAUGUUGGAGGUGGCUAAAGUCAUCUACAAAAGGAAAGAAGCCAAGGAUGACCAACUGGUGACUGCACAGAUCUUCUUAAAGCUGGGAGAAGUUGGUGCUGAAUCUGGUAAUUAUGGUCAGGCCCUUGACGACUUCCAGGACUGCCUGGCCCUGCAACUCAAACACCUGCCACCUCACAGCCGGCUGCUCGCAGAAACCCACUACCAACUUGGCAUGACCUUCAGCCUCACAAACGAGUUCAGGGCGGCCAUUGACCAUUUCAACAGCUCCAUCAAAGUCAUCGAGACGAGAGUUGCCAUGCUCCAGGAGCUGAUCUCCAAGGCGGAGGGUGAGGAGGCAGCCAAGGAGCAGCGCAAUGAGCUGGAGGAGCUGCAGCAGCUGCUGCCGGACAUCAAGGAGAAGGUGGAGGACUCCAAGGAGAGCCAGAGGACCACUGCCGCUGCCUCCUUCGCCAUCCAGCAGACCAUGGGCGGGGCCUCCACAUCAUCUGCCUUCCCAUCUGAAAAUGGCGGAGCCUCUUCAUCCUCUACGCCGGUUAGCCAGAUCCCGGUGAAGAGGGAGGCAGGAGACGGGGCGGCCUCUUCUUCCAAACCCACAUCAGACAUCUCCCACCUGGUCAGGAAAAAGAGGAAACCAGAGGAGGAGAGCCCAAAAAAGGACAGUGAAGCUAAAAAGAGCAAACAGGAGGCUACCGUAAAUGGCAGCGGCGGGGACUCCGCCAGCAACGGCAAUGGCGUUCAGGAGGCUUCGGCAUGAUUCCUUUCUGACUGUCCAGCAAUUUACUCUACCAGCAGAGCAUGCACCUACCCCGUCCUGUCCGUCACCUGUUGUAAAUAAAGUUCCCUUUUUUGUCAUCUACCUUGUUCGAAUUUUGUAUAAUGUAGUGGAAUUAAUAAAGGUAUUUGCAAAGCAA